CUGCCAUCGCUAGUGUGUUUUCAGCGCCUUUUUUUGUCGUCUAAAAACAAUUGAAGGAUUUGCUGGGGAAAAGCGAGCCGCAGGACAUAGUAGGACAACAGCAGAAUGCCCGCCGGCAUUGUGAAGACCCCGAGCAGCGCCAGGACGAAGGAUGCCGCCGUGGCGAAGUCCGCGGAGAAGACGGCCAGCGGUGGCAAGAAAUUCGUGCAGACGCGUCUGCCUUUCAAGUUGCUAACGCCAGGCGGUGGACCAGGGACCACUGCCUCCGCCUCCGCCCCAUCAUCCGCAUCCUCCUCCGCCGCCGCCCCCGUCACUGUGAUCCUGGACGACGAUGAGCCCGCUCCCCGCAAGCGAAAGCUCUCGUACGGCGACGAGUCGCCACCGGAGGGCACCGGCUGCUCCGCGGGGCAACUGCGCCGUUCGAACAGCAAGGAGAACCUGGACGUGGGCAGCUCCAUAGCCACCAAGAAGGUCAAGACCGCGGCCAUGGAUGUGGAUUCCCUGGCGGAGGAUGUCAUCGAGCUGGUUGACGAUGACGGCGAGGAGAUGGCGGCAGAGAAAGAGAAGGAGGAAGAUGUGGUGGUGGUGGAGGUCAAGGAGAUCAAGCCGAAGCCCAAGAAGCCGGAGAUGAAGAAAGCCUCUCCAGCGCCCAUACAAAUCAAGCUGCCAUUGGUCGGCAAACGAUCCAAGCGCAGGAAAUCCCUGAAGAAGUCCGAGGAAUCGGCGGAUACUCCGGCCACGGAUGCGGGCAAGACGGGCAGCGAGUCCAGCGAUGAUAUAGAAGUUUUAUCGGAGGAGCUGAACCCGCAAAAGAAGCAGAAAGUACAGAAGGCGGUCGAUCAAUCCCCAGAAAAGAGCGCCAAAGCCAAGAAACAGGAAGAGAAGGAGGAGAAGAAGUCCGAGAAGCAGGAGGAGCCCAAGGAGGCGGCAAAGAAAGCCAAGGAAGAACCCAAGACCGCAGAGCAGAACAAGAAGAACGAUCAGUCCACGAUAGAUCUCUUUAUGGCCAAAAAAGUGGAAACCAGCAAGAAAGAGAAGCCAGAGACAAAGGCAACAGAGAAGAGCAAGAAGAAAGAACAAUCAGUCGCCGAGGAUUCCAAGCCGAAAGAAACCCCCGAGAAGGAAACAGCCAAAACUAUAGGAAAAUCCAAGAAGGAGGAAUCAAAACCAGCAAAAAAUAUCAAGAAAGAUGAAACGAAAGCCGGCACAACAAAGUCGCAGAAAGAGAAAGAAGACGCACCUGUAAAGAACCAAAAAGAAGAGCUUGCUCCCGCAAAAAAUCAAAAAGAAGAAACGAACGAGAAGAUCGUUGUGCCAGCAAGUGCCAAAAAUACCCAGAAAAAGGAUGCGGCCAAGAAAGCUGAGACACAAACUGUAGAAAAUGAGAAAGUCAGCAAGGCCCAAGAGAAAACCAAGAAAGAAGAGCCUUCGGCUCUCGACAAAUCAGACAAGGAUUCACCCGAAGCCGCCGAGAUCUCGGUGAUCCUCUCCAGCAGCGAAGGCGACAGCUCCAGCAGCGACCACGAGAUGGAUGUGGACACGGACACCCCGGCCGCAGGCAGAACCUCUGCGCAAAAGGACGGUCAUCUGCUCAGGAAGAGUCUCCCGGAGGCCUCCGAUGCCCCGAAGACGCUCACUCCCAAGCAGCAAAGACUCCUGGAGCGAAGGAAAAAGGUUCGCGAGGAGAAGGAGCAAAAACUGGCGGAGGAGCGGCGCCUGAAGCAGCAGGAGAAGGAGCAGCGCGAGCAGCAGAAGAAGCAGGAGCGCGACGAGAAAGAGCAGCAGCGGAAGCUGGAGAAGGACCAGAAGGAGCAGCUGAGAAAGACGGAGAAGGAGGAGAAGGAGCGCAAGCGGCAGGCGGAGGUGGACUCCAAGAACGAGGAGAAGCGCAAGCGCAACGAGGCCAAGGAGGAGGUGCAGCGCAAAAGGGACGAGGAGCGCCGCAAGAAGGAGCAGGAGCGCGAGGAGGCGGAGCAGAAGAAGAAGCGCGCCGCCGAGUCCUUCACCAAGUUCUUUGUGCCCAAGCAGCCCAAGGCCGGCGGCGGAUCCAACAACACAUCCUAUCUGGAGCACGAGCAAAGCAGCUGCGACAGCUCCAAGGCCAGCAGUCAGACGCUGGCCUUCCGACCCUUCCAGAUCAAGGACGACAUGCUGCUGGCCCCGAUCGUGCGCACCUCGAUCGGCCAGGAGCAGCGCUCCCAGCUGGACGGUCUCUUUAGGCGCCGGGACGAGGACGAUGAAGACGACGAGGAGGAGGACGAAGAAGAGGACAUAGGGCGGAGGAAGCCUCCCAAUCGGGCUCAUCUCUACCUCAGCGAACUGAGCAGCGGGCGACGGGAGCCGCUGAAGAUGCUGCGCGAUGCCAGACUCCAAAGACGCACCAAGGACGAGGAGGACGAAGACGAGGUCCAAGUGAUAGAUGACCUCUCCACUGCAGGACUGCCUAUCUUGGAGGAGCAGCCCAAGCUGCUGGCUAGGAUGCGGGCCAAGUAUCUGCAGUUUGCGGACAACCGAAGGCCGGCGUACUACGGCACCUGGCGCAAAAAGAGCGCCAGCAUCUCCGCUCGUCGUCCACUGGCCCAGGAUAAGCUGCACUUCGACUACGAACUGGACUCCGACUGCGAGUGGGAGGAGGAGGAGCCGGGCGAGUCGCUCAGCGCCAGCGAGGACGAGAAGGAGCGCGAGUCGGAGGAGGAGUCCGAGGAGGAGUACAACGAGUGGUACGUGCCGCACGGCCAUCUCAGCGACGAGGAGCUGCAGAACGACGGCGACGAGGGGAUGGACGACGGACACACGCGGGAGGCGCAGCAGGCCAAGCUGCAGGUGCUGCAGCAGGAGUUCGCCCAGGAGAUGAAGAAGCAGACGAAGAAGAUCAAGCCACGCCUGCUGGGCCCCGUUUGGCUGGACGAGAACGGCAACAAGUCGCAGCUGUUCCCGGCGAUCUUCGCCCAUACCAUCGACAUGUACGCCUGCUGGCAGCUGGAGCCGCUUAGUCUGGAACCUCCAGCCGAACCGGAGCGCGAGGAUCAGCCGCCAGAGCAGCCCGUGCCGCUGCAGCUGGACGAGCGCCUCAUGCAGCAGCUGGUGCGCCUGACCCACGGCAACCGGAACUCGAAGGCGUUCCUGAUCAACGAGUAUUUAGAGUACCUGAGAAACCACACGGCCGCCGAGUCCAAUCAACCGCUGCUGCCCUCGAAGACGGUGGUGCGCGAGAAGUUCGACGAGCUGGCCAGCUGGAAGACCGUUGAGCUGGGCACACCCGAUGUGGCCUCCAGUGCCAGCAGCGCCAAGAAGACCAAGAAACCGAAGAAGCGGCUCUGCUGGGUGGUGCCCGCCGAACUGCUGCAGAAGUACCAGCUGCCGGAGCUCCCGCUGCAGAAUCAAUGGGACUACACGCUGACGCCCAAGGUGAACGAGGGCGCGGAUGCACCGCAGCACGAGCAGAGUCCGCCAGCGGACGCGGAGACCACCAUCUCGCCCGUUGUGACAGCGCCUGCUAAAGCGGCUGCCACAACGCCCACCACUGGACAGACCACUCCGGCGAGUCAGGGCGCCAAGAAGCGGGCCACCCUGAUCAUGUCCGUGGCGAGGGACCAGCCGAUUCACUCGGCCACCAAGAACAAGCUGAUCAGCCAGUUUCUGCGACGCCAGAACGAGGCCAAGGAGAAGAAGCAGGAGAAGCCGCCGCCCGCCGUCAGCGAGGAUGUGGUGAUGCUCUCGGAUUAGGCCUAAAAUAAACUCUCAAAAUAGUGUACUGCCCCUGGUUUUGUGGGUCUGCCUUCUAGUAGGCGUGUGGUCAAAGUAUUCACACAUUUUUUUUUCGGUAGAUUCGCUAGUAAGUUGAUUUAAAUUUUUAAUGUUCCGAUGUACGUUUGACUUGUAUGUCCUCCUCACCCCCAUCCUCAUCAUCCUGCCCACCCGCAUCCACCAACUCAUCUGUAGAUCUGUUAAGUGGUUCAGCGAAACAAGUACUCACAAACUGUAAUUAACACGAUACGUUUCGACUUUUUCAAUGAACCAUCUAUACAUAUAUAGUAUAUAUGCAAUAAAACAUUAUCUUGUAAUCUUUUA